AUGGAGCCGCUCGCGAGCUUUGUGAGUUCAGUAUUCCUAUGGCCGGUGCGGUUCCACUUUCGCUUACAAGCUCACAUCAAUGCAGCAGAGCAGACCAUGAGACAUGGCAGGGCAGCAGACAUGAGCCAGGUCCUUAGUCAGGCCUCUCAGCAAAGUUGCCAGACUCUCAAGCAACUCUUCCGCCAGCAGAUGGGCCAAAAGAGCUGCCCGGAAACGCUGCUGAUCCGCAGUGCGCAGAUGCGUGUGAGUAUCCUGCCAUCCCGAUUUGGGCGCCGCACGGUGCUGAUGGCCACAGACACACUGGUCUCACAGCUUUCGGACUCGGAGCUCCGCUUCUUGUUGGGAAGGGAGAUGGGUCGGGCUUGGCUACACCAUUCGGAGCUUCUGAGCCCAUGGAUUCUUCAACACUUCCUACGUGAUGUGAUUCUGUUCCCUCUACAUGUGAUAGGCCUGCAGCCCAAAGAGCCACCCAUGCCGAAGCGCAGCUUCAAGCAGUGGAUGCUCCUAAGACGCUGGGUGGAUGGCAUCGCAAAUGCCUGUGACGUGUAUCGAGGCGGGCUCUCGGCCUUAGGUACGGCCGCCGUCGGCUCCGCGGUGCCUCGCUUGGCGGCCUUGGUGUUCUCGUUGUCCGCUCGGGAGGAGCGACAGCUCAAGCGGGCCCUGCGGCUGGGCACAUGGGGCGUGGGCCUUUGGGCUGCCAAGUCUCGGGCCGAAAUCUUCUCCUUUGAUCGUGUGGGUUUCCUGGCGGCCGGCGACUUGGACGCAGCCACCCGGGCCAUGAUCAUGGCGGCCAAUGCACCACAAGACGUGGCCAUGGCCUCGUUGCUGGGGACAGAGGAGCUGGUGAAGCAGGCGGAGUAUCUCACCUCAGUGCUGCCGGUCUCCUACUGGUCUCGGCAGCCCUCCCUGCACGCGCGGGUGGCAGACUUGAACUCCUGGGUGCACUCGCCCCUGGCACGUGCAGCGUUGAGGGAGGUCUAG